CAGGGUGGCUGAGGCAUUACAACCAAACAGCUUGGAAAGGAAGGACUUUCAGCAGACGAGUUGUUUAUUCCAUCAGAUGUGUGAUACAGGAGAUGAACUGGAAGAUGACCUACAUGACAGUGAUUUGUUACCAGACAAAUUAUCAGGAUCAAGUCAGGAACAAACAUGGGAAAACGAAUAAUGCAUCAUUUUUCACCAAGUACUAUCUGCACUUUAUAAAUAAGAAUUUAUAUGUAUGCACACUAAAGUGGAUGGAACCUUCAGCUUUAGCUAAAAACUUCAGGUAUAAAAAAUAAAGGGACUGCCCACAUUUUAAAAGGAGGCAAUGUAAAUUACAGAGAAAUUUAAUACACUAAUAUACUGCUUAUUUUGUAUUCAAGUGCUUAUAUUGUUUUUAAAUUGCAUCUAUGGUUUUGGAUGAAUGUCAUGAAAAACAAUGCAAGGUGGAUUUCUGUGAAUAAAAUAACUCACAGAAAAAUGAAAAUCUAUGCAGCGAUGUAAUGUGCAAGGGAGGUUAUUACUUCGCAAGGACUAUGAACUGUUUAUGAAUACGUGAAUGAGGAGCGGAUGCAAUUCUGUACAAAACUCUUUACCCACCCUCAUUUCCUUCUGUUCAUAAUGUUGUUUCAACCAAAUUUUCUCCCAUCUUUCCAGAAGAUCGUAACCUUUUUUAGCUCAAUUUUUGUUCAGUUCUUUAAAUGAAUCCAAAGAAAAGUGUGCUUUCCGUUCACCAAUGAAAGGCAUCGAACUCUCACAGGGUAAGAACCAGUUAAAGCUGUAUCCUUAUAGGGUAACAUUGUUUAUGCUUAUUACGUUACUUAUAUCUGCAAAAAGUGCCAAAGUUAACUUCUGUGAAAGCAUAAAAUAGUCUUUUUGCACCAGCAUUGAGUUUCUUAAAGGAGCAUUUAGCUAAAAAAUGGAGGAAUGGUGUGACUUUACAACUAUAUCAGGAAAGUGGACAAGUAAAACUAAUAAACGACCAGGUCUUUUGCUUUUAUUGGGAUACCUGGUAAAGAUGUGUAUAAGCCUUAAAAUAUAUAUUGGAUACUUUUUGUGUUGCUAAUGCUCUUUGCUGCAAGUGUCUAAGAGGAAGCUUUGGAGAUUUUUUUACCUCCCAUGUACCCCUAUUAGUCCUUAGCUCUACUGUAACAUCCACACCCCUUUUGGGAGAAAGUAGACCUUGUGGUCUGAAUGGCAGUCAGUGCAACUUCUGAGGCAUUAGGGUUAUUGGGUCCUUGGAUGUCGUGGCAGGCAAGUUAAACAAUAAAUGUUGUUUCCGUUUGCUAACCCUGCUGAUUUUUAAUUAUUAUUAAAAAAAAUAUUGAACCAAUAGAACAAAAUGUCACUUCAGCAUACAUGCAUUGAAGGUCCCUUUCCUGUCAAGCUUUUCUAGAAAACGUUUUAAAUCAGAGACUAGCAGCUAUUUCCAAUAAUUGUUUGGCUUUUCUGGUGUGAUUUUAUUUUAAAACUAAAAAACCCAUUUGUUGGAUUUUGUUUUUACUUUUAUUGCACCAAACAGGCCAGAAGAAAUGAUGACCCAUUUAAACUGUAGCACAGCUGUUUGCAGGAGGAAGUGACAUAGCAUUAAAUCAAUCUAAUGCAAAUCUGCCUUUCAUUUUAACGGCCUAGAAUAGGGGUUGGCAACCUAGGUUUUGCAGGUCUAGAUGAACUUUUUGUUGAGCGAGGGUUAGAAAUGGUUGCAGACCCCGGGCUAGGACACAUUGCCCAAGAAUAAUAAAUGCUUUUCAGCAAAUAUUACUUUGUACCAUACACAGUUUCACUGAUCGAUAACCCAGGCUGCUACAGUUUUUCUAGACAUGGCACUGCUACAGAACAGACACAGCUGGGACUCAAAUAUCACAGCAAUGACUAAUAAUAUAUCUAAAUCUCACGCUAUGCUAUGCUGUCUGCACAGAUGAGGAUUUACUUGCCUCUGCAUGCAGGAUGCUUGUAACUGCAAGUUUAACUGAUGACAUGGCCUACUUUUUAAUUAAUUCAGAUAAUUAUCAGACUGAAACUGAAAGGUAUGAAUUCCUUAUUAAACAUUCCUAGACAAUCAGAUCAACUUAAAGUAAAUAAUGAUGUUUUUGUCAAAAAUGGUUCAGUUACACACAUUUUAGGAAUAGUUAAGUGGAUUGAUUUUAUUACAAACUGUGUUUUAUUAUGGUAUUUAUUCCCCACAGGAUAAAUUUACUGACACAAAGCAAAGGACUCCCACUCCAAUCUCUGAGAGCAACCAUCCUGCAACUGUUAGCGGCACCCCUGUUCCAACACAGCUGAAUCAAAUGAAUGGUUCGUUACCAGAACUCUGCAGAAGAUCAUUCAGGAAAAAUUGAUUCAGGUGUGCUGGAGCAGGAAUGCAUCUUAACUUUGCAGGAUGGUGGCUCUUGAUGACUGGAGAUGGAGACCCCACAAUAGGUUCAACUACAGAUCAACACACCAUCUCACCACCAAUGGCUUCUAUGAGUUCCUCAACUGGUUUGAUGAGAGGGCCUGGUACCCCCUGGGCAGGAUUGUUGGUGGAACAGUAUACCCAGGGCUGAUGGUGACUGCCGGCCUCAUCCACUAUGUACUCAACCUGCUCCACAUCACAGUGCACAUCCGGGAUGUGUGUGUGUUCCUGGCACCAGUGUUCAGCGGCCUGACGGCCGUCUCCACUUUCCUGCUAACGCGGGAGCUGUGGAACCAGGGCGCAGGGCUGCUGGCAGCCUGCUUCAUCGCCAUCGUCCCAGGCUACAUCUCUCGCUCGGUGGCGGGCUCCUUCGACAACGAGGGGAUCGCCAUCUUUGCUCUGCAGUUCACCUACUACCUCUGGGUGAAAUCUGUGAAGACGGGCUCAGUAUUCUGGACUAUUGGCUGUUGUCUUUCCUACUUCUACAUGGUGUCGGCAUGGGGAGGUUAUGUGUUUAUUAUCAACUUGAUUCCUCUGCAUGUGUUUGUUCUACUUUUGAUGCAACGCUACAGCAGAAGAGUCUACAUCGCUUACAGCACGUUUUACAUAGUGGGGCUCAUACUGUCAAUGCAGAUCCCUUUUGUCGGCUUCCAGCCAAUCAGGACCAGCGAGCACAUGGCUGCUGCAGGUGUGUUUGCACUUCUCCAAGCCUAUGCCUUCCUACAGUACCUGAAGGACAGACUCACCCGACAGGAGUUUCAGACGCUCUUCUUCCUCGGGAUCUCUCUUGCUGCCUGUGUCGUCUUCCUCACAGUGAUCUAUCUCACUUACACAGGAUACAUCGCUCCGUGGAGCGGUCGCUUCUACUCGCUCUGGGACACCGGUUACGCCAAGAUCCAUAUCCCCAUCAUUGCAUCGGUGUCAGAGCACCAGCCAACCACGUGGGUGUCCUUCUUCUUUGAUCUCCACAUCCUGGUCUGCACCUUCCCAGCAGGCCUUUGGUUUUGCAUCAAGAACAUCAAUGAUGAACGCGUGUUUGUGGCCCUGUACGCCAUCAGUGCCGUUUACUUUGCUGGAGUGAUGGUGAGACUCAUGCUGACGCUGACUCCGGUUGUGUGCAUGCUGUCUGCUGUGGCGUUCUCCAGCGUCUUUGAGCAUUACAUGGGAGACGACACGAAGAGGGAGAAGCCUCCUGCUGAAGAUAGCAGCGACGAGGACGACAAGAGGAAUUCUGGGACUCUCUACGACAAGGCGGGCAAGGUGCGCAAGCAUGUGUCUGAGCAGGAGAAGGCAGAGGAGGGUUUGGGUCCGAACAUCAAGUCCAUCGUCACCAUGCUGAUGCUGAUGCUGCUCAUGAUGUUUGCCGUCCACUGCACCUGGGUGACCAGCAACGCCUACUCCAGCCCCAGCGUGGUGCUGGCGUCAUACAACCAUGACGGGACUCGUAACAUCCUCGACGACUUCCGGGAGGCUUAUUACUGGCUGAGACAGAACACAGACGAGCACGCGCGUGUGAUGUCGUGGUGGGACUACGGCUACCAGAUAGCCGGCAUGGCCAACAGGACCACACUGGUAGACAACAACACGUGGAACAACAGUCAUAUAGCUCUGGUGGGGAAGGCCAUGUCGUCCAACGAGAGCGCGGCCUAUGAGAUUAUGAGGUCUCUGGAUGUGGAUUACGUGCUGAUAAUCUUCGGUGGAGUAAUCGGCUACUCUGGCGACGAUAUAAACAAGUUUCUGUGGAUGGUGAGGAUCGCUGAAGGGGAACACCCCAAAGACAUCAGGGAGAGUGACUACUUCACUCCUCAGGGAGAGUUCAGAGUGGACAAGGCCGGUUCACCGACUCUGCUCAACUGCCUCAUGUACAAGAUGUCGUAUUAUCGAUUUGGUGAGAUGCAGCUGGAUUUCAGAACGCCACCCGGCUUCGACCGAACUCGCAACGCUGAGAUUGGCAACAAGGACAUUAAGUUCAAACACCUGGAGGAGGCGUUUACUUCGGAGCACUGGCUCGUCAGGAUCUACAAGGUGAAGGAGCUGGACAACAGAGAGACACUGGACCACAAGCUCCGCAGCGUGGUGACCAAGCAGAAGUACACCUCUAAAAAGACUGCCAAGAGGAAGCGAGGACACAUCAAGAACAAGCUGGUCCUGAAGAAGGGCAAAAAACUCCCCAAGAAAUAAAGAUGGCUCUGAACUCACACGAACGCAAAGAAACCUCCAACGAACAAUGAAGAAGAACACAAGGGCGGCCGGGUGAAUGGCACUUGGUCUGAAGCGCUUCUUGUUAGAGCGCCCUCAUUUAUCGAGGAAGCGUCAUAUCUGGCCUGACCAGAACCGUUGUCUGUUUUGAUCCUGAGGACGUCUGUCUUGCUUUUUGUUUUUUGUUUGUUUUCUACUUUUUACUUGAAUGUGGCGAGGCAUAGGGCUGCUCUAAUUGAUUAAAUGUUGAUUAAAUUUUUUUUGUGCGUGUGUGUUGGGGGGGGGGGGAGGGGGGGGUGUUGUUAAUGACCUGAUUAUCAGUCAGGAGAUCGGGUGAUCCGCGGGAUGAUGAGGAACGUUUGCACCAAAGACCCAUCGACCUCGCUCCGUGGCACAUGUGAACUCAUUGCUGGGAUCGAGGAGACGCCGGAGUGAAAGCUGAGGACUUUGUUCCUGACGCGUGUACAGAGGACAGUAUGCGGUAUGGAGGAACGCCACCGUCUACGCACAGCACAUCUGUAAUAUUAACCUUUCUACCAUCCUCAUCUCCUUAACGUCUGCCUGGCUCUCUGACCUUUCGUUUCCAACAGAUUCUAUAACCAAUUGGCCUAAUAUGUAAAUAUGUUCUGUAAAGACAAAAAAAAAAAGGCUCUAAAAUGAUAAUAUAUUGGAUCAUCGUGAGUUUUUAAAUGCGCAGUUCCUGGUUUUUCUCUUUCGUUUUUUUAUAUGACAGCAAAGAGAACAGUGAAUGCAAUAAAUCUACACAGAGGGGCUUCAGAUUUUGUUCCAAGAAUGAAUGUGAAGCUUUUUACAUCUUCCCCCGUUUUUUCCUCAUUAUAUUGCAUUGAUUGUACAUUUCUGCUGCUCGUGCUUUUAAAAAUAGAAGCAAGCAAACUGUUAAAAAAAAAAGAAAAAAAAAAGUAGUGAUUAUAAAUUAGGCCUACAGGGGGAGCUCUUGAUUGAGCAAAGCCUAGUUUAUCGCCAGAUUUUUCCUUGUUGCAGUUUACGUUUUUGGCUUUUUUCUCUUUUUUAUUAUUUUGGUUCGACAUGCAUCUGCUGCUGACCAUACAUGGUGAUUACGUUCUGUUUUGUUUUUAAAAUCAGUAAAUAAACAGAAAUGUGAAGGAGGUUUCUGGUGUAGACUCGGUGAAGGAGUAACAUUUGAUGUACCAGGAAGGAUAAAAGAUUAACAGAUGUCAGGAGCUGUGUCCUUACACUAUACUGCAUAUCAAAAUUCUUCAACAAGAUGGAAAAAGGAAUUUAAACUCCUUUCUAUCAGGAAAAAAAGUGCUAACUUACAACAAAAAUUUCGUUUUUGUGCUUGUAAACAGAAAUUUGAGGCCAAUCCUGGAAAGUGCAACAGUCGCCGAACAUUUGCUCUUUAACUGUACUAAGGACGGAAACUCAUUAUAGUUGGGAUAAAGCCAGAAUUAUUCAUACCCCUGGUGGAUUUAAAUUGUGAAAUUAUUCUUGUUCUGUCAGGCAUCUCUCAAAAGAUAAUAAAAUAAACUAAUUGGAGAAUCAAUUUUGAAGAGUUUAACUCUGGCUGGACCACUCAGAAUUUCAAUAUUACUUCCAAGCAGAGAAAAUGUGGUAAAGUGAAGAUUUGGGUUGGCUCCAGUUAUGAUCAAGAUCAUUACUUUACAAUGUCGGUCAGAACUGAAGCACACAGAAUUUUUGUAUUUCAAAUGCAGAGAAACACUGCCAUAUGUAUCAUUCCACCCAACACCAGAAUGCCCUACUUUAUAUUAGUGAGCCAUGACGUGAUUAUGCAAGUCUCACUUUUCUCCACAUAAAUAUUCCACGUUUUACUCCUGAGUUUCACUGCCAUUAAUGUUGCAGUCAAAACGUUAUUCUGAGGACCCCCAUCGGUCGUGACACUCGAAGUCUGUCUGCGGUUACUUAACCCCACAUCAACAUGUCUGUCUCAACCUAAUGCUACUAAUUUGGGGGAUGGAAGUUAAAAUACUGAUACACAAUUAGACUGCAACUGCUGUCAAACCUAUCCUUCAUUUGCCUAGUACAAAUGACUUAACAUGCAAAUGGAGAGAUCUGUCGACAUUAGCGGACUUUGGUACUGACACUGAACACUUAAAGUCAAAAAGGCUAUAAAAGAAAUCACCUGAAACUUUAUGCUCACAAACUACUGUUGUGGUUAACUGAGUGGUUUGUGCUCGACUCCCUACUUUAGCCAUCAGAUGUGGCAUUCGCAUGAACUGUUUUCCUCUUCCUCAGCUACACUGUUUCAGCUUCCCAAAAAAUGUAGAUUUCAUUUUAUCUAGAGGUGUUGGUGUGAAGGUGGGGAAAUGGAAAGGCACACCACACCUUUCACAUUUUUUUUUUUUAAAAGGAGUAUCUAAUAUUUCUUCUACGUUACGUACUGCUUUGUGUCGGUCGAUCAUAAAAUCCCAUUAAAGUACAUUAGUGCAUGUUUAGCAAUGUAGGCAACGAAUACUUGAUUACAAAAUGUUUCCAUUGCCCAGUUUGAAAAGGCUUCAGUCGGAGUGUCUGUAUGAAUGUGGGACACAGCCCUGCAUCUUUUAUUGAAAGGACACUGUACUGUUUUCUCAUGUUCACAUAAACUGGAAGGAGUUUCUUUUAUGCACGCCUUGGGGACUUUUUCUGUCUUCUUUCAAACCAGAGACGCUUUCAUCACAACAUACAGCUGUAUUUGUUUGGAGACAUCACACAGAAGGUGACAUCUUACUAUCAGUUUGUUUCCUUUGAAAUGCAUCUAAAACGCUUUGUUGUUCUUGAUUUUUUUAUUUUUGUCACCGUCGGAGGCUUCAGGCUGCUGGAACACAUGUGGUUGCGCUCUGCCAAAAACUGCAUUGUCUUUUGGAUUCUCAUUAGCAAGGAGGGGAUGGAGGUUAGAUGAAGCCUUAAUGUGAUGUACUUUUACUUUUCUUCAUUAUGUGAUAAUCCUUUUCCUUAAAUCUGAUGAAAAAGUUGCUUUUUUGGCUCUGUGCAGUUUUUCCUGAACAUUUUUCUUUGGAUGCAGUCUUCAACCUGUCCCUGCUCACCUUCAGAGUUUACAUUUUUACAUUUUGUUCUGUUGUGCCACCUCUAAAUAUACUCCUAAACAAAAA